AAUCGCCUACAUGUCGUACAGUGGCAUUGUUGUGUUGAAGUGUAAGUGCCAAGACGUCCGCGCCACAAACCGAUACACAAGGAGCGAAACGUCAGUUCGUCUGCUACAGCACCGAGAGACGUCGUAUCUUUCUCUCUCUCUCUCUCGCUAUACGUUAUAACGAUCGUAAACACACACUUAUAUUACACAUGCAUUGAGUCAUUUGGUGCGACGAUUAAUCGCGGAAAAUAUGAACGUUAAUCAGCGAAGAUUGGCGUGCAGAAAAGCGUAAGGAAGCCCCGUACGAGCGGACGAGCUCCAUAAUUAAUUCAAACGACAUUGGGUCGCGUCGCCAAGACGAGAUGGCUGAGUCGUCCAACGGGCCGAUUCUUCACGUUAUCGUCGUCGGAUUUCAUCACAAGAAAGGAUGCCAGGUGGAAUAUUCAUUCCCUCCUUUAGUUCCUGAUGCACCAAAUGAAUGUCCAAUUGGAUGGAAGUACUUGCCAACCCUUGCUUUACCAGAUGGGUCGCACAACUAUGAUGAAGAUACAGUAUAUUUUCAUCUACCCAGUCUUAGCGAUCCCAAUCGUACAAUAUAUGGAGUUUCUUGUUUUAAACAAAUUCCUGUAGAGAAAUUAGUGAAUCGUACAUCUGAUAUAACUAGAGGUACAGUCCAGAAAUCUGUUUGUGUACUGAGUACAGCACCUCUGUACGGUCAUAUACAAGUCAAAAUGGCACUGAUAACUCAUGCUUACUUCGAUGAAGGAGAUUUUAGUAAAGUAUCUUUACUAGAAGAAACAUAUCAUCAUUUAAACUCUUGUAUGAAUGGAGAAAGUCAAAUGCCUCCACAAGUUUUUAUAGGAUUAUCAGCCAGAGAUUUUAUUCUUCAAUUUCGCCACAAAGCUUUGUUACUCUUCAAACUCAUGUUACUAGAGAAAAGAGUAGUGUUUUAUCAAUCACCAGUACAACCAUUAUGCUCGGCCAUCCUCACACUGUUGUCGCUCUUUCCCGGUAUGAUUGAAACAGGCCUGCAGCAAGCUGCUUGCGUUAGACCAUCCAGGCCAAUGUCACCUAUACCAAAUUUCGACGACACCGACGAGCCUGCAUCGAAAUUCGAAUCAUACCUUAUGACGAAGUCGUCAAGCUCGGAGAGAAUGCAACCGGAGUCCUACGAUUUAGACGAUAACAGAACCGUUGAGUCGAUGGAGGGUAAAUCAUCAUCGUCUCGAAUCGAACUCGAGCCAGAGGAAGAAGCCUUCAAAGUCGAGGAGACUCGCGCGGGACAGCGGCAGGAUAACGAUGCGAUUGACGGUACCAGCAGAGAUGCGGCUACUUUCGCGCUCGAUGCCGAGGCCAAAUUAACGAAUAACAUCACUCAAAUAGCUAAUAUCGACCCUGACCUUUGUGGCAUGCCUUUGUGGGUUUUUAAUAAGGGCUACCUCUGUCUACCAUAUCUCUCACUGCCGUAUCUCGAUCUCUUAGGGGACGUGAACGUCAGGGGCUACGUUGUCGGUGCCACUAACGUUCUAUUCAAACAGAAAAAAAAUCUCAUCGACGUUUUGGUCGAGUCCGAAAGCGCCAGAAUAGAGGCCAACGACCCGGAGCUACGUCGCCUGUUGCACUUGACGACCGAGGACUUGCGAUUCGCCGACUACAUCACGCGCCACGUAUCCGAGCCGAAGAAAGACAACUUCUUUGACGGCGUCGGCUGGGAGGGCGGCGACGAGUGGAUCAGGACGCAGUUUCGGGUCUACCUGCUCUGCCUGUUGAGGACGGUGCGCCAGGCCGAUCCGCGACAGAUCGACCAUUACAACGCGGCCUUUGUGUCCGCUUGGAAGGAGACGAGCAAUUACAAGAAAUGGGAGGCUUUGAACAAUCAAGAGAUCAACAAGGUCGAGCCCGGACAUCCGUUUGCUGGACAAUUAUCGAUGCAGGACAUGAAAUUGAGAUUGUCGCACACCAUGCAAACUACAGAAGGUGGAAGAAAAUUGAAUCAAGCCAUGACGUCGACCGGCCGAGCCAUGGCUACUACGGGAAAAGCCGUUGGCGGCGCACUGUCCCAAGCGAAAGGUGCCUUUUCCAGUUGGUGGAGUACAUUGACGACAGUUCAGCCGGGCGACGGGUUGGCGGCCGCCUCCGCCGAGCAGCAACCCUCUUCGAGGCCCGAGCAACAGGUACCGGACGUGGUGCAACACGCGAAAAUUGAACACAGCCGCCUCGAAUAGGUAUAAAGUGUAACUUUGAACUAACGCGAGCGAUUAAAAGUGCCAAGGAAAACCUGGUGCAUGGCGGGCUGUCUCUCUGGUCUGGUCGCCAAAAGCUCGAUUGUGGUUUUUCCGACUCCAUGACGCUUUAUUUUUGGACUCCGCACUCUACGAGCGUACGAUCGUAUGAAAAGCGGAUUAAACGAAAAAAAA